AUGCCGGAUACAUUUUCUCCAGAAACCUUUUUUCUUGUCCUUUUGCCACCCUCUCUCUUUCUCUCUCCCUCUCUCUUAGCUCUCUCUCUCUCUCUCGUGGCUCUCUGUCUUUACUCUCUCUCUCUCUCUCUCUCUCUCUUGGCCCUUUCUUUGUUUAACGCCAGCUCACUCCUGCAGCUUCCCGCAGUUUCCAGCUCACCCCUGCAGCUUCCAGCAAUCUCCAGCUCACUCCUGCAGCACUUCACUGAUGUCCAGCGACCAGUUCCAACCUCCGGAUACCAUUCCCGAAUAAACGACCCCUGUCGUCUUUCUAUCCACCAUUCGCAAAUAAAGACACGAUUUCUAUCGUCUACAACGGACCAUCUGCGUUUGUCAUCCUUCUUUGCUAUUGCCAUCUCCUUGCCUUUGUGUCCCCUUUUUAGUUGUACGGCAUAUGGUGGACUUCGUGGUGGAGUGGCCUUUUCUCUUUCACUUCAGUUGGAUGAAAAUGAUGUUCCACUCCGAAAUACUUUCAUCACAACUGUUUUAGUUAUUAUUUUUUUUAAUGUGGUCAUUCAGCUCUCUCUGAUUUUCUCACAUCAUCUCCCUCUCCUUCUAGAUUCAUGUCGUCCAUCCUCUCUGCUUUUCAUCCAUCUCUCCCCUACUAGCCGCGCCCUUCAUCACACUCCUCAAAUUCUGCUUUCUCUCAUCUCUCCCUCUCCUUUCUCUCUCUUCCUCCUUCAGCUCUCUCUUGAUUUUCACUCUCUCCUCUCCCUCUCCAUCAUCUCUCUCCUUUUCUCACAUCUCUCCCUCUCCUUCAGCUCUCUCUGCUUUUCUCACAUCUCUCCCUCUCCUUCAGCUCUCUCUGCUUUUCUCACAUCUCUCCCUCUCCUUCAUCUCUCUCUGCUUUUCUCACAUCUCUCUCCUCUCCCCUUCAACUCUCUCUGCUUUUCUCUCUCUCCUCAUCAAGUCUCUCUCUCUCUCUUCAUCUCCUUCUCCUCUCCUUCAGCUCUCUCUGCUUUUCUCACAUCUCUCCCUCUCCAUCAUCUCUCUGCUUUUCUCACAUCUCUCCCUCUCCUUCAUCUCUCUCUGAUUUUCUCACAUCUCUCCCUCUCCUUCAUCUCUCUCUGCUUUUCUCACAUCUCUCCCUCUCCUUCAACUCUCUCUGCUUUUCCUACAUCUCUCCCUCUCCUUCAGCUCUCUCUGCUUUUCUCACAUCUCUCCCUCUCUUUCAAAUAUCUUCACAUCUCUAUCCUUUAG